CUAACAUUUGACAGUUAUCAAAACUCCGUAUAUAUGUUUUCAUGUUUUGUGAUCAAAACUACAUAAAUAUGCAGUGAAAUGUGUGAAAUUGGUCUUCAAUUUACCAAUAAUUAUUUGGUUUUAUUUUAUUUCUGGAAUGAAGCUAAGUUGAAAUUAUGUCAAAGUGGAUGAGGAAAAGCGAAAGUGAGAAUGAGGCUUCUAAUCACAUAGUAGUAACACACGAUUUGCAAGACUGCCUUGAUGAAAGCUUGGAUUUCAAUUUCAAUAAUAUCUAUGUUCCCUCCAACGAAAAACGUAACGAUCAAUUAGAUUCUGAUAAUCACUUUAUCGGCAAAAUAGAACAUGCUGAGGAAAAUGUGGGCAGGUUCAUCUGGCAAACUGUAUCUUUGGAUGAAAUAUACAUGCAAAUCAAUCCUAGUGCAACAAAUAAAAUUGAGUUUGAACCAGGGCUAGAACCAUCUCAUGCUAUUGUCACAGUAACAAGCACAGACCCCAAUACCAAAGAGACAACUAUAAAUAGGUUCCAUUGUGAAUAUGAUGGAUGUACAAGAACAUACAGCACUGUAGGAAAUCUGAGAACACAUAUGAAAACUCAUAAAGGGGAAUUCAGAUUUAAAUGUACAGAACCAGGAUGUGGAAAAGCUUUUUUAACCUCAUACAGUCUGAAAAUUCAUAUUCGUGUUCAUACCAAAGUAAAGCCAUUCCAAUGCAAUCAAGAUGGCUGCCAUAAAGCUUUCAAUACUCUGUACAGAUUAAGGGCACAUGAACGUCUGCACAACGGCAAAACCUUCAACUGCUAUGCUGAGGGUUGUACAAAAUUUUUUACUACUCUGAGUGACCUGAAAAAACACAUUCGGACUCACACAAGAGAGAAACCAUAUAAGUGUAAAGAAGCCGGUUGUGGAAAAGCAUUUACUGCAAGUCAUCACUUAAAAACUCACCAAAGAAUUCAUACUGGUGAGAAACCAUAUGCAUGCAAAGAGACAGUUGAAUGUCACCGAGCCUUUUCAACACCACACAGCCUGAAGUCUCACAUAAAGACCCAUCAAAAACACGAAAAGCUCACGGGUGAACCCAAAAGCAAAUCUGAGAAUGCUUCACAAACAGAUCGUCCAAGUCAAAUAGAGAUUGAAAAUAACCAACAGAACGAAAAUAUGUCUAAAGACAAUAUAGAUAUAGAGGAAUUGAGGAACUUUGACAAUGGUAAUCUCUCCUUCGAUUUUGAUGGAAAUUGCAAUUUCAACACAUACAUCAGAGACACAUUGGAUUGGGAUCAGAUAAAUAAAAGUUUUGAAUACACUGAAAAUGAGAAUGACGGUUUUCAGAAACAAAAUUCCAGUGACAGAAAGGAAGUACCUGAUAUACUAAAUACAAAUAUAGACAUUCAGGAAAUCAACUUUGAUAACUUGUACAAUAGUCUCACAUUUAGUGAUAAUAACGUUACUGACAUCAAUUUCUUAGAUCAAAACGGUACGGAUUCGUUGAAACUUCAAAUUGAGACAGAAGCAAAAGCAAAGUAUGCUGCAGUAAUAGAAGAGCAAUUUGAAACUGCAAAUAGAUUGAAGGAUUAUGCUACUGUAAAUACUGAGGAUGUACCAUUGCAAUUGUCAUACAACAUAGGAACUGAAAACGUGGAAGACGGCAAGGAUGGGGAAACGUUAAUUGAUAACACAAAACUGGAGUUGGAGGAAAAUUCGAUCAUAACAGAAUUUGAGAAUGCUGGAAUCAAUUUAUAUGACAUUGGAAACAACCUGUUUAAUACUGCUUAUGAUGGCAGUGAAAACGCCAAGGCUGAUACGCAGAAAAUCAAAAUUAUAAGCGUGGAUACCGUAAAGACAGCCAAUGAGACGAGUACACUUUCCAAUGAUUCAGUGAAUCUUGAUAAGCAACUAUACACACCGGAAGCUCUCCAGAUGUCGCUAGCUUGUGAUGAGGAGAUGUCUUCUGCGUGGAUAGAUGCAGUCAAUUAUGCCAGUGGCUCUAGUCAAAUUAACAUAUUUCAGGAAAGUGUCAACGAAAAUCCACUUGUUGCUGUUCCUACUACAAUUCAGACGUAUUUGAAUCUUCCUCCUGUUCAAAGCAAUGUGCCUGUUACUGAAACCAUGAGCAUCCCUAAUAAAACAAAUACUACAACUGAUGUGCUAAAGACAUUGAUCAGUGACAUUUGUUCUUGCGCGGAUUGCCACUGCGUUGAUAACAAUAACUGUCGAAGCUGUAUCAGCUACGAACACGGUUCGAAAAAUAAUUCGGAAACCCUGUUUAUAAACAAUGGAGCUGUUAUUUUUCCACAUGCAGAUAUUUCAACAGCUCCUCCAAUGACUGAGAGUUUUUCCUCCAGUUCGCAAGAGGAAACAAGUAUUGCUAGUCCUCACAGCAACUCAAGUCAGUGUCAACAGCAGGAUGCUCCAAAAACUAAAGAAUGCUGUAGUACUAAUGGGACGCAACCGGGUUCUACUGCUAAUGGACUUCUGGCUAGCUUGAGUCAGCUUUUGACAAAUAACACAAGUAAAUCUGGCUGUUUGGCUACGAACAGUGCCUCCAAAAUUGCGACACAGUCCAAUGGGCACUGUAACAAAAAGGGAGAUGAAUGUUGUGUUGUUGUAUGUUUAAAAACUAUGGACCAACUGAGACAGAUGCUGAAUCUAGCAACAAGUUGUAAUGGUUUUCAAAAUCUAUUGUUGGGUUGCGCGAAAAACGAUAUAUGCACUGUUCCUAAAUGAUUGAUAACCAGAAAUCACUUCAACCAAAGACUGCUGUUUCUCAAGAAUAGUAACACUAUUCGAAAAAAGCUUUUUUUCAGGAGAGGCAAUUUUAAUACUUUUUGAAGAACCAUUUCGGAUAACUGCAGAUAAAACUUAAUAAUUUGGAUUUAGCAAAAUUAUCAAUUAAGGUUUAUUGAUCUUUCAAUUUCUUUGAAUAAAAGAUCAGUAUGUUUUCAAAAAUAUCCCAUUUUAUUUUUUUUGCAACUUUACAAGAAUGUAUCAUUAUUGCUAAAAAAAUAAUGCAUUUAAAAAAAUAUAUGACAAUUCCUGGUUAAAUAACAAAAAGAAAAAAAUUAUUGUAGUAUUACAACAAAUGAUACACAACUAAUAACAUUUUAAAGGCUACGUGGAACUAACAAAUCAAAGGUAAGUAUAGAAAAAAAACAAGUACAAUACAAAAAUUGGUUACAAAUUAUUGUAAAAUCCCUCACAGUAUGAGGGUAUUAUAUUUUUUUUUACUAAAUUCAGUGAUGUGCUUUUCUUUUUCUCGGAAAUGGGAAUCUUACGUUUGUAUGCUUUAUUCAGAGUAACUCUCUUUUAGUUGCUUCGUUUUUCUUAGAUCUACUAUAAGAUCUUUUAUCUACCUCAACUUUACGAAAAUCGUUCUCAGCUUUUGUAGAAAAAUGUUCCAGAAUGUUGAGAUUCUACCCUCAUUAGUUUAACAUCGGAUAGUUUGAAUGACUCAUUUUCCGAAUUUUUAUGUAGGAAGAUAGUCACAAUGCACUUUAUGUCACUAUCCACAUAUGAAGUGGAUCUGCAAUUUUAACUAAUUUUUCUCGUUUUUUGAUAGUGUCACUAUUCUUCAGAAGCAGCGAUAUGUAGAAUAAGUUAUUUAUUGAAACAAAAUUCAUGAACAUCUGUAAAACCCUUAUUUGAGGUGUCCUUUUCUCAUUUUCUCAGAAUGCCAUUUUAUAUUCAAACACCAUAAACAAAAAGAAAGGUCAUAAUUAUUUGCUAAUUUGCAGAGUACAGUGUAUAUAAAUCUUUCAUUAGGAUUACAAAAGCAGCCAAAGAGUAGUUUUUUAAUGAAGUAAUGCAAUUCACAAAAUCAUUUCUACGUUCUGAAAAAGGACUUAAAAAUAACUUCUAAUUACCCCAAAAAUUCGGAGGCUAAGUGCUCAAAAUAUUCGAGAUUCAAACGCGAAGGUCGUCUUAUGAUAGUAACUUUGUGCAAAUUGCCAUUACAGUGGCUACCUACUUCAUGAUCGCUGAGUCAAGAGUGUUGAGGCACAAUAUCAUUUUCCAUUCAGUCAGAAAUAUUAAGCGAUAAUAAUUAUUUCAAUUGAAAUAGGCCGAUGCGAGAUUAGGUUCGGUACGUGUUUUUCCGCCGUGACUUUGCUAAAAGGGUCUAGCAAAAUCGAUAAUAACGAAGUGCCUUAGUUUUUCCAAGUAACCAAAUUUAAAUAUUAUGUAAUUGUCUAACAUAUUGGUGCUAUUUAGUGCAAUAAAUAGAAUAACAAGUAAAUAAGUUAUAGAGACUCUAUUCAUUCUUAAUUGCAUAUUUUAUUAUUUAUUAUAGUGCCAUAUCAUUAUUUUUGAUGAUGAUUUUACUCUUUACUUUUUAUGUUCCUAUUAUUUUUAUUUUAAAUAUUUUAUCUUAGAUAUUAUUUAUACAUAUUCAGUAAUGCUUUUAUAAUGUAUUUAUUUAUAAAAGAUACUUUUUCAGUCGGGGUAUUGCAAAAUUAUUUUGGAUAAACUUCGUUUACAGUCAUUGUCAGCAGGAGUAAUUCAAAAUCUAUUUCUAUAAACAUUCUUAGCUAUGCGAUUUACUCGAACUUGGAUACUAUCACAUCUAUUCUUGUGAGCUAAACAUAAUAUGCUAGAUGAUUUCGCAGUACCCUGUAUUUUACAUAUGCGAGAACAACUUGGAUGGUAAGAUGCAUCAAGAAGUUUUUAGCAUGAUGGCCCAGGACGUUCAUGUAUACAUCUACUCAAUUCUGCUGAACAGUGAUUUUAAAUAAUUUACAUGUUGUGUUUGUCCAUAUAAAAUAUCGGUUAUUUUUGUGCCACAGUCUUCCAUAAGAUGGACGAAAAAACUGCUUUAUUUUUAUAAUAAUAUAUACAUAGUUUUACAUUGUAUUUUUUGUAGCGAAAUGUUAUUGGCGAGACUUCAGUUGGAAGUCGAUUUGUGAGUCAUAAUGCUAAUUCAUGUUGUGCACUAUUGUGUGUUUUGCCAAUUUUUGCUAGUCAUUCAGGCCUUAUUUACUUUAGAACGAAUUAUUGAAUUGUUGCUUAAUUUUAAUAAAAG